AUGCCGGAUGGUCUGUCGCAUAAAAUCCUUAUCUGUGGAGAUGUCAAAGGGAAAGUCAGCGCACUAUACUCAAGGGUUUCUAAGGUUAUGAACGUCGCUGGACAGUUUGAUAUGAUGUUUUGUUUAGGAGACUUUUUUGGAACUCAAACUGAUGAAAUAAAAAAAUUAAUUGAUGGCAGUUUGGCAGCGUCUCUUCCUACCUAUAUCGUGUCCCCAUAUACAGAAAUCGCUCGAAAGUUUUGUCAAACGGAAUCUGGUUGUGAGCUUUGCAGUAACGUCACGUAUCUGGGUUCUAAGGGCACAUAUACGGCUAUGAGUGGUUUACGUGUAGUAUACAUGGCUGAAUGGGAACCUAAUUCUGAUAACUGUAAUCUACCAUCCAGUUUACUCAGUGAGGCUCUUGCAGCAGAGGACAGCGGCUUUUUGGGCGUUGAUCUCUUGCUCACUUGUCAGUGGCCGAAACACGUUAAUAAACUAACUCUAUAUGAACUCCCUGACGGUUGUCAGCAAUGUAUUGACUCUUCCUCGAUUUUAAUUUCGCGAUUGGCUUAUCUCACUCGACCAAGGUACCAUUUUUCAUGUGGUAACGGAGUGUAUUACGAAAGGUCACCAUACAGAAAUCACCGUGUUUUACAAGAAAAAGCUUGUCAUACUACACGUUUUAUAUCAUUGGCAGAUGUGAAAAAUGAACGUAACCAAAAGUAUUUAUAUGCUCUCAAGUUAAUCCCGAUUGAUAAAAUGGAUCAUCAGGAUUUAAUAAAUCAACCUCCAGACGUAACAGAAAAUCCAUAUCGCGAAUUUGUUGACCAUAAACAUUCUUUAGAUAGAGAAACAGAGGUACAAACUGAGCAAUACUUUUAUAACAUGAAUACCAACGAAAAAUCAGGAAAUCUUACGAAAAAAGGCACUCUUCAAAAGCGCAAAAUAAACACUAAUACAUUGGAAGACACAGAUGACAACAAAAGACAACUUGUUGAUAAAAAUGAUACCAGUGAGGAAAGUUUUCAAGAGAAAAUCGACAGUAAUCCACAAGUGAAAAAACAUUUAAUUGUUAGUAUUGGUACUCAAGCUUAUGUAGCAUUACCACGUGGUCCUAUUGUACCUGACCAUGCAUUAAUUUUGACUAUUGGUCAUCAUCAAAGCUGGAUUUCUUGUCCAGAAUAUGUUCGUUCGGAAAUUGAAGAAUAUAAAUCCCGGUUAAAACGUAUGUAUGCUGCACAAGAUAAAGCGAUGGUAACAUUUGAACGAAAUUUAAAAACCCAACAUUAUCAACUUCAAGUUGUUCCUGUACCAUUUUCAGUUGCAGCGGAGGUGAAACAGGUAUUUCUCGAGCUAUCUGCCAAUACUGAUUUUAGUCCAUGCGAACUGAAACCAGUUCCUCGACGGACAGAAUUAGAUGAAAUUUGUAGGGUUGGAAUUCCCUACUUUUUUGUUGAACUCCCUACUGGUGAGAAACUUUUUGGACGAAUUCCAAAAGAUCGUAUUUCCAGUGCGAACUUACAAUUUGGUCGUAUUGUUCUAACAGAUCCACGUAUUUUAAAUUGUCCAGAAAAAGCCGACUGGCAUGAUUGUAUAGAUGAGGAAGAUGAAGAAACUGAUUUAGCUAAACAUUUCCGAAAAAUGUUUUCACCAUUUGAUGUCAAUGAUGAUGAUAAUGAUAUUGAAUAA